CGUUCUUUACGUGAAUUUCCAUUUACUUUUGAAGUAAGUAUUAAAUAAAUUAAGUGUUAUGGAAUAUUUCAACGUUAAUGAGGAGAAAUGAAUUAGAGAGGAUAACGAACGCGCACAACCAGUUCACACAAAAUACAAAGAAGCACGUAUGAUCCCCAGCAAGCAUCGCCGGCAGAAACGAUUGCCACGAAUACCUUCAACUCCAUUUGAUCUUAACACCCACAACAGUGUUAUUGCGCAAAAUGGCAAAAUUUCCAUACGACACAACGGAAACAUUCCCGGCUCAAGUCUUUCCCCGCGUUAUUUUUUAUGGCACAAUAUAAUGGGUAAAAGCGCUCGUCCGGGAUUACUUAAAUGCAACCUUCAACAACAUGUAAUCGAAAAGAGGAUGAAGUACUUGCGGAUCAGUUGGCGGCAACAAAUACCAUUUACCUCAUCAUUAGCAUCAGGAGUCCAUAGCAUGGACAUGGAUCCGGUUGACAACCGAUACUUGUUAUGUGGUGCAUCUCGUGGUGAAAUAUCUAUAGUGGAUUUGGAAAGGCCGCCCUCAGCUGAGAGUCGGAGUCGGUUGGAACAUACCGUUAUCCCUUGCCGCGCAGCGUGUUUGCAUGGAUCUUUGAUAACAUGCUGUCAGUGGUAUCCCCAAGACACAAGCACAUUUAUAUCUUCAGAUAAAGUUGGAAAAGUGAAGCUGUGGGACGCUAAUAAAACUCAAGUCGUAGAUGAAUAUUUCUUUGAUAAUGAAAUAACGGAAAUGCAUUGGUGUAAUGCUUUCAUACGAAAUCCACUGAUAGCCGUGGCAAAUUUAACCUCAAAUAUCAUUCUUAUUGAUCCCAGAGUUGGUGACUCUUCCCAUAAUUUGAGGUGGCCAGAUGAGCGGGUUUCAUCGGUGAGAUGGUCUCUAGAGGGCGGAAACAUUUUAACUACUGGCUCUGUCCGUGGGAACAUUGUGGUUUGGGACGUCAGAAGUUCGAGGAGCCAAUUAAUGACUGUGACGCCUUCUAGUCGAUUUUCUUGUCACUGUAAAGAUUCUGGUGCUGAAUGUAUUAGCGGUUUGAGGUUUUCAAAAGAUGGUUUGUACCUGGUUUCAUUGUCACUGAAUCAUACUUAUACUGUCUGGAGAGCUCAUACGAUGGAAAUAAUAAACCAUGUUUGGUUGCCUCAGGAAUAUACUACUAAAAUCGCUCCAUCUAUUCGUUUCGAUAUCUGUUCGGAUGAUGGAGUGUUACGAACUUGCACGCCUGUGGGUAACGAGGUUCUUAUUUUAACUCUGGAUAAAAAGGAUCAAGAAAACUUUCGCGUCCUUCUUGUGGGUCAUUUUCAACAAGUCAACGCAUGUGUAUAUCGCCAAAAGUACAAUGAGAUUAUCAGUUCGGGAAAUGACCGUAUGAUACACAUUUGGAGUCCAGAUAUGGAUGAGCAGCUUCCAGAUCAAAAGCUAGAAAAAGUUUCAAGAUUACAAGAAGACCACUGGAGCGAUGAAGAAGGGGUACCAGAACCCAAUCAUGUUUAACGAAUAGUCGUUGUUAUUUUUUCAGAAAUUUCUUCAUUUUGUACAUCCAGCAGUGUUUUUACUGUAAAAAUCCAUCACGAAGUCACGUAUCUAAGAUCCGAUAUGUUCGGUAAAUAGAGUCAUUCAGUACUUUUCUGACCUUUUAAUUUUUAAUAUGUUGC